AUGACUGACGCCAAGGACGAUGCCGCGAACGGCGAGGUGGUUGAGUUUGGCUGGGAGGACGAGGCGCCGGCCAAGCCGCUGUCUGGGCGGCGCCUGAAGGCCAAGAAAGAGGCCCAGAAGAAGAAGAAGCCAGGCACAUUUGAGUCCAUGGGCCUGAGCCCCUGGCUGUUGAGGGCCAUCAAGCGCAAGGGCUUCCGCCUGCCAACGCCCAUCCAGCGGCGAACGCUGCCACUCAUCCUGCAGGGCCUGGACGUCGUCGCCAUGGCGCGCACCGGCAGCGGCAAGACCGCCGCCUUUGUCAUCCCCAUGCUGCAGAAGCUCGCCGGCCACUCGCCCCGCGCCGGUGCGCGCGCGCUCGUGCUCUCCCCGACGCGCGAGCUGGCGCUGCAGACCCACAAGGUGGUGCGGGAGCUGUCCAAGGGCAGCGACCUGCGCACCGCGGCGCUGGUGGGCGGCGACGCGAUGGAGGCGCAGUUUGCUGAGCUGGCGGCCAACCCGGACAUUCUGGUGGCGACGCCGGGGCGCCUGCUGCACCACCUGGAGGAGGUGGAGGGCAUGGGGCUGGGCAGCAUCGAGUAUGUCGUGUUCGAUGAGGCGGACAGGCUGUUCGAGAUGGGGUUUGCGGACCAGGUGCGGGAGAUCCUGUCAAAGCUGCGCGACGGCCGCCAGGCGCUGCUGUUCAGCGCCACCCUGCCGCGCAGCCUCGCGGACUUUGCCAGCGCCGGCCUGGCGCAGCCGCAGCUCGUGCGGCUGGACGUGGAGCGGCGGCUCAGCCCGGACCUUGGGCUCGCCUUCUUCACGGUGCGCCCGGACGACAAGCUGGCCGCGCUGGUGUGGCUGCUGCGCGAGAUGCUGCCGCCGGACCAGAGCACUGUGGUGUUUGUGUCGACGCGCCACCACGCCGACUUCCUGCACAACCUGCUGGCGCGGGAGGGGCUGGAGACGGCGGUGGUGUACGGCGCGAUGGACCAGACCGCCCGCAAGAUCCACGUGGCCAAGUUCCGCGCCAAGCGGGUGGGCGUGCUCAUCACCACCGACGUGGCGGCGCGCGGCAUAGACAUCCCACUGAUCGACAACGUAGUCAACUAUGACUUCCCGCCAAAACCGGAGCUGGCGGGCCGCGCGGCGCGCAUGGGGCGCCCCGGCACGGCGCUGAGCCUGGUGCUGCGGGAGGAGCUGCCUUACCUGCUGGACCUGCACCUCUACCUCGGCCGCGCGAUAGAGGCCGCGCCCGAGGCGCCCGACGCGGCGGCGGUCGAGGCGGCGCGCGCGGACGGCGGCGCCGACGCCGCCGAAGGCAAGUCCGUCUUCGGCUCCUUUCCAGCAGCCAUCCUGGAGCCCCUGCAGGACCACCUGCGCGCCGCCGUGGACGCCGCCGGCGACCUGGCGAGCGUGCAGCGCACCCUGCAGAACGCGUACAGCCUGUACCUCAAGACGCGCCCCGCGGCCAGCAGCGAGAGCGUCAAGCGCGCCAAGGGGCUGCCAAAGGAGGGGCCGCACCCGAUGCUGCUGGGGAAGCUUCCGGCGACGCGGAGGGGCAACCUGCAGAACGAGGCGGCGCUGGCAGAGUUCACCCAAAAGCUGAAGAACUUCCGCCCCACGGCCACUGUGCUGGAGGCUGAGAUCGCAAAGGUGCGCCCCUCCACGGGCGGCCAGACCAUGCAGACAGAGCUGGAGGCAGCGCUGCGGUUCAAGUCGAACGACGUGAUGCGCCAGAAGCGCGCCACACACGCGGCGGUCAUCGAGAAGGAGCGCGGCAAGCGGCAGGCGGCGUUGGGGCUCUUUGAGGGCGUCGCCGGCGCUGGCGCAGGCGGGAAAGGGCAGAGGGAGGGCAAGGGGGCGAAGCGGCGGCGGCCGGAUGAGGAUGAGGAGGACGAGGAGGAGGAUGGGAGCAGCAGCGGGGAGGAGGAGGCCGGGAGCGGCAGCGGCAGCGAGGGGGAGGAUGGCGGUGGAUACAGUGGCGGCGACAGCAGCAGCGAGGACGAGGAGGAGGAGGAGGAGCAGGGUGAGGGGCGUUCCAAGAAAGGCAAGCAGCAGCUGCGGGACGCAACGGCCGGCAGCAAUCGCAAGCGCGGCGGCGGCGGCGGCGGCGGCGAGGACGGCGGCAGCCUGCGGCGGGCGGCGGCAAAGGCGAUGGCUGUCGGCGACGCCGUUUUGAACGAGGGCAAGUACCGCGACUCGGGCUUCUUCCUGGGUCACAACAGAACGGACAACGCCGGCGCCGCCGGUGGCGAGACGCUGGGCCUCGACGAUGCGGCGGAGGAGCUGCGCUCCGCAGUGCUGGACCUCACUGGAGAAGACCAGGAGGCGAUGACUCAGCAGCAGCGGCAGUACCAAUGGGACAAGCGCAAGCGGCGGUACGUGCAGCGCACCGCCGGCGCGUCGUCCGGCGCCGGCGAGCGCAGGUCGGCGGCGGUCGGGGGCCGGAACGAGGCCGGGUCGUUCAUCACCAACGGCGGCGGCAAGAAGGGGGAGGAGCGGAAGGGGCAGCUGUACAAGAAGUGGGCGCGGCAGAACAAGACGCGCGUCGCCGCGUCGGGCGGCUUUGAGGACGACGGGCGGGUCGCUGCUGAGCUGGCGAACAGGUUCAAGCCGGCCAACCGCCACAAGAGCUGGAGGGCGGCCUUGGGCGUCGCCGGCGGCGGCGUGGCCAAGGGCGGCGCCGCGAAGCGCGGCGGGGAGCUGCGGCCGCAGGCGCAGGUGGCGAAGGAGCGGAAGCGGAAGGAGGACCUGCAGCAGCGGAUGAAGGAGCGGCAGAAGGCCAACGCGGCUCGCGCCAAGCGGUCGGAGAAGAAGGGCAGCAAGGGUGGCGGCGGCCGCGGCGGGGGCGGCGGGGGCGGCAGCAGCUAUGGCGGGGGCGGCCGCGGCCGUGGCAGCAGCGGCGGCGGCAGGGGUGGAGGCGGCGGCGGGCGCGGGCGCGGCGGGGGCGGCGGCGGCCGUGGCCGUGGUGGGCGACGGUGA